CUUCUGCUUCUCCUGGGCCCUUCCCGCAGUGGCCCCAUGUGGGCUUACAUCCUGGCCCAUGAGAACGCUGUCCCUCGCUGGAGAUCCCUGAUGGGACCCACCAAAGUGUUCCGAGCCCGACACAGUGACCCGGACUCCAUCCGAGGAGCCUACGGCCUCACGGACACCAGGAACACCACCCAUGGCUCAGACUCACCCGCCUCAGCCAGCAGAGAAAUUGCCUUUUUCUUCCCCGAGUUCGCGAUGAGCGGCGCUGUGCGUAGCGGCGAGCCGCGGCUGCGCGGGGCGAGGUGUCUACGCCCGCGAGCGGCCGUGCACCGCGUGCUCCGGGCAGACGAGGCACAGGGGACCUGAGUUACCUGCGGUAGGGCUUGCUUUGCUGAGCUGGCAGCACCUGUGGGUGCUCUGUUGGGGCACCAGACGGAGAGCUGUGCCACGCUUCAGGGACUGUGGGAGAGGGAGAGCCUCGUGUGCGUGAUGUCGUGCUCCCCAGGGUCACGUUGUGGGGCAGCGGGCGGGUGCUGGGUGCUGUAGGAAGAGCUCCUCCAGCAAUGCUCCCGCUGACAGUCCGGCCAUGCAGCUCACUGGCCCUCCAGUUUGGUUGGGUGGGAAUAAGACAGGUGAGUUGGUCCAGGGCCAGGUGGAUCAGAGGUUGCUUGUUCCAGUUGGAUUGCAACUGCUUUUGCUGGUUGUAGGCCUCAUGUUCUCUGUUGGCUGUUCCCGCUGUGCUUUAGGCUGAAAGCGGGAAAAAGAGCCCAAAAAAGGCAUCAGCAGGGCAAGAUGAACCGUGCUGUCCUCACUCAUGUGCAGCCAGGUUGGAAAGCGAGGCUGUCCUGGGGUUUGUGUCCUGACUUGUGUCAGGUGGAGGCACAGCUGGAGCUGCUCCCGGCAGGAAUGCAGCACAUCCCAUGAGCUCCACUGAGCCUGGGCUGACCUGCUGCAGCACAAAGGUUUGGAAGCACCUGGCAGGAAGGUGUGGAGAAGCCCAGUGCCUUUGAGGAUCCUCUGGUUUGUGCUUUUGGUUUGCCUGGGGCACAAGAGCUGCAGAUUUGGUGGAAUUCAGUAGUGGCUGUGGAGCUCUGGAUUUCCUGGAUUGACAGUCCAGGGCUGGAUAAUGAAGUUGACUGCAGGUGGCAGGGGCUGAGAAGCUUUGCCAGGGGCUCCUCACGUGAGGCCUCGUGACAAAACACCUGAAGGCAGCUCGGAGCCCUCGGUGUCUGUGGCCUCACUGGGCAGUUCUGUGUCCUUGGGAAAAGGGAUGGACAAAGCCAUUUAGUUGUCUGGAUAAGUGAUGGAAUGAUGACAUGGUGGUGCAGGAGGGCUGGGUGUGGAGGUACAGAGCCAGAUCCUGGCAGGCUGAUCUAUGUUCCCUGGUCUGUGAGGUCAGUUCCUGUACAGGGGUUUAGUGCAUUUACACUGUUCCCCCACAGGCCUUUACGGUGCUGCUGCUCCAGUUCCAGUGCUGUGUUGUAGAGGGAAUUCCUUCUGGUAAUCCCGAAUACACAGGCUGGGGAAGGUGUGAUGUGCUGUGCUUGGGGCAGGAAGGCUGAGCCCAACUCCCCUUCCUGCAGGGAGGAGGGACAGGUGUGGAUGGUGCUGGUCACUGCAGCUGGUGACAGUCUGAGGUUCACCAGUGCCCUGGUGUGUCACAGACCAAGGCAGGGACUCUGUGUGCUCCCAGAACUCUGUGAGGGGUUGGGCAGUGACUGACAAUGCUCUGUUGUGGGAAGUGCUGCCCAGAGCUAUCAUGGUUGAACACAGCUGCAGUGUGUUUCCUCUUCCUCCUGUCUGGGAUCAAAUGGUCGUUGUUCUGUUCCAGGUACAGAUCCAGGGAUCUGCGGGACAUUGCUGCUGUCCCUGUCCCCAGCAGUGUCCAGGGUGGAUCUGCUCAGGAUCCUGUGUGCCUUCACACAGGUCUGAGAGCUGCUGUCCUCGAUGCUGCUGAUACUUUACUGGUAUUUUGUAAAUUGGUGGUGAUUCCUGGAGGAUUUACUCAGUUUUGUGUGUUUUUCUUGUAGUUAUUAAACUUGAUUGUUUUUACCUUUUA